AUGGAAAGUCGUGCGCGCAUACCAGUCGCUGCUCCAGUUGCUGAUCCGCUAUCAUCAUACUGGCAAACCCCGAAAUCUUCACUCGCAAAUAUCAAUCAUGGCGAGGACAAUUCUCACGAGCCAUACGAUUUUAUCAUUAUUGGAUCGGGUAUGUCAGGGACCAUGAUCGCGUACAAUCUGCUCAAGAAAGAUCCCAAGCGUCGCAUAAUGAUGUUGGAAGCGCGUGAAAUCUGCAGUGGAGCAACAGGUCGAAAUGGAGGCCACACGAAAGCAGCGAGUUACCGAUCGUAUCUACAAAAUGUGGAAGGGCUUGGUGAAGAGGAGGCGUUGAAGAUUGCGCGAUUGGAGUACAACAACAUCAUUGAAACACACCAGUUGGCAGAAGAGCUGAACAUCGACUGUGAGAACAAGCUAUGCAAAACAGUUGAUAUCAUCUACGAUAGACCUACGUUUGAGCAGGGGAAGUUGGCCAUUCAAGCGCUACGUGCAGCUGUGAAGGAAGAAGAAACGCAGUCGGAGAAGAUGGCUUGGUACAACAUCCAUGAGAACGUUGAGACUGUGAGCAAGCAUUUCCAAGUCAGUACUAAGAGCGAGAAUCCUGCAGUCAAAGGCGUGGAAGAAGUUUCUGGUGCAUUCGAGUACCUGGCUGGCAGGGUGCAUGCAUACCGCUUCGUUACAGGCGUGCUGGCCGAGUGCAUCAAAAUGGGACUGCAGAUUUGCACAAACACAUCUGUGUUGAAACUCGAGCCUUCAAGGAGCCACACCGAUUCUGUAUGGGAAGUUCUUACAGCCGAUAAUGUCUUCAUAGCUCGAGACACAAUUCUUGCUACGAAUGGUUACACGCCCUUCCUCGAACAAUCUCUUCAGGGCAAGAUUGUCCCAAUGCGAGGCCAAAUCACAGUUCAAAAGCCGGGCGCGCGUACAUCUUUGCCAUCGCCACUGCCAAAUACAUUCUCUUUCAUCUACAAGGAUGGUUACGAGUAUAUGAUACCGAGACCUCUGUCCGAAGGUGGUCAGCAUAUUAUCAUUGGAGGUGGCCUUGGCCGCCAGCCAGAUGCUGGUGCAAGUGAGUUUGGUAUCGUCGAUGAUGCUUCGCUCAAUCCGGGUAUGUCGGCCUACUUGCGCGGCAGUCUCCUCGGCUACUUCGGCUCUACCACUUGGGGGGAAAGCAACGAUGAAGAGGCUUCGAAUCGAGUCGUGCAUGAAUGGUCAGGAAUAAUGGGUGCCACAGCAGACGGGCGUCCAUUUGUGGGAAAGAUACCAGGGAGUCUAGCCUACCAGAAAUCAGAGGCAGAUAUUUCUUUCAGAAAUCUGUGGAUAUCGGCGGGCUUCAACGGACAUGGCAUGGUGCAGUGUCUGAAGUCGGCAGAGGCCCUUGUCAACAUGAUCGACAACGACAAAAAAUGUGGGCAUAAAAAAGGAUCGGCUAGUUUGGAUGGUUUGGACUGGUUUCCAAAGAGCUAUAUCGUGACUGAAGAGCGGCUUUCGCAAUGCCACUUCAAGGGAAGGAAGGACAUGCUG